AACCGGUAAAAAGGGACUCCCCCUUCUCCACUUUCCUCUUCCAUCGCAUCUCUAAUAGUAAAACAGCGUAUACCCAAACUGAGCAAAUUUUGUCGGCAGCUGCUUCCUCAAUGGCUUCUUUUCUCAACAAAUUCCAAGACGCUGUGAGAACUUUUGCAAAAAGCCCCCAGCUUUUCUAGGGACCCAAGGAGACUCCAAUUUGAAGCUGACAUCAAUCGCCUUUUUAUGUAUACAAGUUACAAUAGUUUGGGGAAGAAUGCGGAUGAGGCUGAUGCAGAUCAGAUCAUUGACAUGGCAAUUAAAGCCUCUUUUGAUGACCAACAGAAGCAAGUGCAAGAAAAUAUUCAUAAUCAAAUUAAAAGGUUUUGCACUGCCAUGGAUGAAAUUCUUAUCAAUAUCAAUGAGCCACAAGAAUCGCAAUCGAAAGCUACUCCUUCCCGAAGCGGUCUUAGUUUGGCUGUUGGAAAGAAUUCCCCAACUAUUAACCAUCCCGUGCAGCUGUUCCUAAGACACGGCCAUUAAAACAUGCUGAACUCUAGCAGAGGUUGAAGGAUUCUAUUGGCUACACUCUUGAUGUCAAACCAUCUCAGAUACCCCACAGUGAAGCUGGACAAGGACUAUUUCUGAAUGGUGAAGCUAAUGUUGGUGCUGUAAUUGCCAUAUACCCUGGUGUUAUAUAUUCCCCAGCUUAUUACAGAUACAUUCCCGGAUAAUCAAAUAAUCAAUCAAGUGUUUUUUUUAGAGAGGA